GCCUCGCGCUCCUCCUCCGAUCCAAAAGCUCCUCAACCCCGCUCGUUCCCACCACCACCGCCCAGCUCCACGCACUCCUCCUCACGUCCGGUCACCUCCACUACGACAGCCCUCAUCUCCUCUUAUAUUCUUACUGCGCAUGUGGCUGUCCCUUUGACGCCCAGAACCUGCUCGCUCAAAUGCCCCAACCGGCCUCGGUUUCCGUCUCUAACACCCUCCUUCGCUCCUACUCCGGUCUCGGCUUCCACCGACAGGCCCUCGCUCUCUACUCACAGAUGCGCCACUUCGACCACCUCACCUUCACCUUUGCCGCCAAAGCAUGUGCCGGCCUCCGCCUCAGGCGCCAUGGGCGCGCCGUGCACGGCCGCGCCCUCGCCGCGGGCUUCGGCAGCGACGCCUACGUGCAGAACGCGAUCGUUUCCAUGUAUAUGCGAUGCAGAGACGUGGCCGCAGCGGAGGCAGUGUUCGUCGCGCUGCCGAGCCGAACAACCGUGUCGUGGAAUACCGUCAUUACCGGGUGUGUCAAGGACGGCCGCGCGGAGAGGGCGUUGGAGGUGUUCGAGACGAUGGUUGAUCGUGGCGUGUGCAUUGACCGUGCCUCUGUUGUUUCAGUGCUGCCAGCUUGUGCACAAGCCAGGGACUUGCACACGGGGAGAGCUGUGCACCGGUUGGCUGUGGUGAGAGGCUUGGGGAAGUAUGUCGCGGUGAAGAACGCUCUGAUCGACAUGUAUGGCAAGUGCGGGAGCCUGGAGGAUGCAAGAAGGGUGUUCGAUGAAGACAGCUACGAUAAGGAUGUUGUUUCUUGGACGGUGAUGAUUGGUGCAUACGUGUUGAAUGACCAUGCGAGCAAGGCCUUCGCGCUUGGUUCUGAGAUGCUGGUGAGCAGUGAAGCACAGCCUAAUGCUGUGACCAUGGCGCAUCUGCUCUCAGCUUGCGCCAGCUUGCUCUCAGGGAAGCAUGCCAAGUGCACACAUGCAUUGUGCAUUAGACUUGGGCUUGGAUCAGAUAUUGUUGUUGAAACUGCACUUGUUGACUGUUACGCAAAAUGUGGAUAUAUGGGAGUGAUAGACAUGGUGGUCGAGAAAGGAUCACGACGGACUGAAACAUGGAAUGCAGCAAUCUCUGGUUAUACUCAAAGAGAUCAGGGAAAGAAAGCCCUAGCUCUGUUUAAACGAAUGCUUGCAGAAUCAGUGCGUCCAGAUUCUGCAACGAUGGCAAGCGUCAUCCCAGCUUAUGCAGAGUCCGCGGACCUGGUACAGGCGAAUAACAUCCACUGCUGCCUACUGGUUCGUGGAUGUCUUGUGAGUACAGAUAUUGCCACGGGUCUAAUCGAUCUGUAUGCCAAGGCUGGUGACUUGGGUGUCGCAUGGGAGCUCUUCCAGUGCUUACCUGAAAAGGAUGUUGUUGCCUGGACAACUGUCAUCGCCGGAUACGGCAUGCACGGGCAUGCCCAAACUGCCAUGCUGCUAUAUUCCAGGAUGGUGGAGCUGGGGGUGAUGCCGAACACCGUCACCAUCGCCUCAUUGCUGCACUCUUGUAGCCACGCUGGCAUGGUAGAUGAAGGGCUUCGGCUGUUCAACGACAUGCACGGCGUCCAUGGCCUGAUGCCAAACGCAGAGCACUACUUGUGCCUGGUUGACAUGCUUGGGCGUGCUGGGAGGAUAGAGGAGGCUUACCGCCGCAUCGAAGACAUGCCAUUUGAGCCGACUGUGUCGGUGUGGAGCUCUCUGCUGGGUGCCUGUGUUCUCCACGAGAAUGUUGAGUUCGGCGAGGUCGCUGCUAAACAUCUGUUUGAGCUUGAACCGGAUAACGUUGGGAAUUAUGUGCUCCUUGGGAAGGUAUAUGCUGCAGCUGAGAGAUGGAGCGAUGUUCAACAUCUGAGGAGAGUGAUGGAAGGAAUGGAUCUUCACAAAGAUCCAGGAUAUUGUGUAGUCGAUGCAAAGUCUGAAGUGUGCUGAACACAGGAUAAGCGAGUCGUGUGUCUGAUAGAAGCGCAAUGAUUCUUUGAUGUGUUAGUUCACAAAGGAAAAGGUUCGCAUUUGAAAUCUUGAGUUAACAAAUAUGUGUAUUAGUUGCUCUACAGGCUACACUGCUACAGGCCUACAGCUACACCUAACAAGUACUCUUGGAACACAGGAGAAGCGAGUAUCGUUCUCUC